AUGUCGCGCCAAAUUAACCAGCCGUCAAACCAGAUCAAGCUGACCAACGUGUCACUGGUGCGCCUAAAAAAAGGCAAGAAGCGCUUCGAAAUCGCCUGCUACAAGAACAAGGUCCUGGAAUGGCGCUCUGGCAUCGAGACGGACCUCGACAACGUGCUUCAAAUCCCCAACGUCUUUCUCAACGUCUCCAAGGGCCAGACGGCGCCGAAAGAGGAUCUCGAGAAGGCGUUUGGCAAGAAGAUGACGACCGACGACAUCAUCCUCGAGAUUUUAAAAAAGGGCGAGCAGCAAGUCGGCGAAAAGGAGCGAGCGGCGCAGCUCGAACGCAUCAACAAUGAGGUCAUCAGCAUCGUCGCGAGUAAGCUGGUCGAUCCGCGGACGAAGCGCGUGUACACGUCGGGAAUGAUCGAAAAGGCGCUGGACAUGCUCAGCUCGCAGGCGCACCAGCCGUCAGAGAGCAAGGAAAAGGUAGACAAGAGCGGGAGCGCGGCAGGCACGCCUGCGACUGGCGAGGACGGCGAGGCUAGACCAAGAGCGAAAGAGCACAGUUGGACGGGCGUAUCAACGACAAAGAGCGCCAAGAGCCAGGCACUCGAGGCCAUGAAGGCGCUGGUUGCGCACCAACCGAUUCCUGUGGCGCGUGCGCGCAUGCGGCUGCGUAUCAGCUGCGGUACAAGCGUGCUGAAGCAGGCGGCCAAGCAGGCGGCGGCGGCGGCAUCGAAGGAGGAGGGCGGCGAGCAGCAGCAGCAAAAGGGGACGGUCAAGGACAAGAUCCUAAGUUAUAUCGAGCAGGUUGAGACGCAGGACGUCAUGGGCGCCGAGUGGGAGGUGGUGGGCUUCGUCGAGCCGGGUGCGUUUAAACCGCUGAGUGACUUUAUCGGGAACGAGACAAAAGGGCAGGGGAGGGUAGAAGUGCUAGAUAUGGCGGUGACGCAUGAAGAGUAG